GCUCCAGGCUGCGGCCGCUCCAAGCAAUGAUUAACCCCUCGGGGCGGCCGGCGCGGGGCCCGGGGCGGAGGCGGCGGGCUGGGGCGGGACCCCGGAGGACCGCUCGGCUUCCUGCUUUCGCCGAAGUUUCCUCGUAGAGGGCGCAGCGCCCGCAGGGGCCCGCGGCGCGGCGUGGCGCAGGGCGCGGCGCCGGGCGCGCGUGGGCGCCGAGUCGGCUGCCGGGGUCACCAUGAGGACUCUCCGCAGGUUGAAGUUCAUGAGUUCGCCCAGCCUCAGUGAUCUGGGCAAGAGAGAGCCGGCCGCCGCCGCCGCAGACGAGCGGGGCACGCAGCAGCGCCGGGCCUGCGCCAACGCCACCUGGAACAGCAUCCACAACGGGGUGAUCGCCGUCUUCCAGCGCAAGGGGCUGCCCGACCAGGAGCUUUUCAGCCUCAACGAAGGCGUCCGGCAGCUGCUGAAGACGGAGCUGGGGUCCUUCUUCACGGAGUACCUGCAGAACCAGCUGCUGACAAAAGGCAUGGUCAUCCUCCGGGACAAGAUCCGCUUCUACGAGGGACAGAAGCUGCUGGACUCCCUGGCAGAGACCUGGGACUUCUUCUUCAGCGACGUGCUGCCCACGCUGCAGGCUGUCUUCUACCCGGUGCAGGGCAAGGAGCCGUCGGUGCGCCAGCUGGCCCUGCUGCACUUCCGGAACACCAUCACCCUCAGCGUGAAGCUGGAGGAUGCACUGGCCCGCGCGCACGCCCGCGUGCCCCCCGCCAUCGUGCAGAUGCUGCUGGUGCUGCAGGGGGUACAUGAGUCCCGGGGAGUGACCAAGGACUACCUGCGCCUGGAGUCGCUGAUCCAGAAGGUGGUGUCACCCUACCUGGGCACCUACGGCCUCUACUCCAGCGAGGGUUCAUUCACGCACUCCUGCAUCCUGGAGAAGCACUUCCUGCGCCGCUCCCGCUCGGGGGACGUCCUGGCCAAGAACCCGGUGGUGCGCUCCAAGAGCUACAACACGCCGCUGCUGAACCCCGUGGCUGAGCACGAGGCUGAGGGCGCGGCGGCCGGCGGCGCGGGCAUCCGCAGGCACUCCGUCUCCGAGAUGACAUCCUGCCCCGAGCCCCAAGGCUUCGCCGACACGCCCAGCCAGGGCCCCGCCGGGACCUUCAGAUCCUCCCCGGCCCCCCAGUCGGGGCCCUGCCCCAGCAGACUGUAUCCGCCCGCCCAGCCCCCCGAGCCCGGCCUAGGCCCGGCCCGUGGCUCCCCAGCCUCCUCCAGCCCCGAGAACCUGGUGGACCAGAUCUUGGAAUCUGUCGACUCGGAUUCGGAAGGGAUCUUCAUUGACUUUGGCCGGGGCGCUGGCUCUGGCACGUCUGAGUCUGAGGGGGCCGGGGGCCGGCAGAGCAUCGUGUGAGCGCCUCGUGUUUUACUGACCCCAUGUAUCUGGUGCGUGAGUGCGGGAGUUUUCUACUCUGUCCCAUCCUGACCCCCGUGGGCCUCAGCCACCUGGGCAUGCCUGAGCCUUGGCGGGAAAAACCGUCGCUGCCCCGGGUCCAGCACCACUGUGUCCUGGGGCGUCUGCGUGCCGGGCUCUCCAGGUGCCCGGGGCAGCCUUGUGUGUGUGGAGCUGCCAUGGCCGUCCCACCACCCCUGCCCACCCCAGCCCUCCGACGUCCACACCUUGGAGACUGUGAAUCCCUCAGCUUGGCCAGGCCCCCAGAGUGAUGGGGUCUGUAGCAGACUGGCCUUUUCCCUCCUAACUCACCUCAGGCCACAGUGUAAUCUCCUGUGCGUGACUCUGUCCCAGACUCUCUGAGCGCCGUGUCUUCUCUUUGCCCAAGGUGGCCAUGGGCAGAAAGCAGGUGGAAUAAAACUUGUAUACCUGG